AAAAGAAGGUGAUGCCCAAAAAAAGGACGCGGAAGCCCCAGCUGCAGUGAAAGAGCUCAUUAAGGGGAUGACCGAUAAGCUCUACAAAUUAUUGUCGAAGGAAUCGGAAACACCGGUCUCAAUUGCAAUCAAAGAGGCGGCUCAGAGUGUGGAGAAAGUGUUCAAGGCACUGUCACCUAGCUCGGAAGAGAGAUGGAACGUGCCACCCUUGAUCUUAGGUGCACAAAUGGGCCUUCAUGAUUUCGUCGGAAAGAUCCUGGAAGUGUGCCCACAGUCAGCAACCUACCUGGACACGAAGGGCAGAAAUGUUCUCCAAGUGGCGAUAGAAUCUGGGAACCGAGAGACUGUAGAAACUAUCCGUAAGAUGACCCAGGGAGACAACCCCAUUUUACCAUCCUGGUUGUUGUCCAGAAUCGACUCUAAAACCAGAAACACCAUCCUGCAUUUUGCUUCUGAGACGAUCGGUGAUACCGGAGACGAUGCAGUCCAAAUGCAAGAUGAGAUCCGAUGGUUUGAGAUGGUGAAAGAGAUGGUGCCUAGGGAGCUCGUGUACAGUCGAAACGCGGACGAGAAGACAGCGCGGGAGAUCUUUACCGAGAGUCACAAAGAGAUGUUUAAGGACUGCAAGAAUCGGCUAAUGGAGAUGGGCAAGACAUGUUCAGGCCUCGUAGCGGCGGUGGUUUUCGCGUCCAGCUUCUCCAUCCCGGGCGAGAAGAAUUCCAAAACCGGCAACCCUGAGUACUUCAACAGGUUACCCUUUAAGGUGUUCACGCAUGCGUACGUGAUCGGGUUGUCGUGCGCCGCCACGUCUCUGGUGUUGUUCUUGUCCCUCGUCAUCUCGCCUUACAAGGAGCAGCAGUUCCGCCGUGCCAUCCCCACCAAGUACUUCUUCGCUUGCUUCUCGUUUGGGUUGGCGCUGACGGCUUUGCUGCUGGCCUUCACAUGCAACAUCUUCCUACAGAUAUAUGGCGGGCAGAAAACACUCACGAAGGACAUCCUUCAACUGGUACUGGAGCUUACCGUCUUCCCCACUGUCUGCUUGGUUGUGCUCCUCUACCGUGGUGCCAAUUUUGGUCCGUCUUUUUUCCGUCGUAUUUGGUGUUGAGUCAAUAAGCGUUAAUGUCAGGCAUACUUCCUCGGCUUCGUGGUCUGUGCCAGUAGAACUCUUGCGUGUGUUUGUGUGUGGUAUUAAAUUCUGAUAAUUCCUGAAUUGUACUCGCAUUUAUUUCGAGACUACUAUGAAUUGGACGUAUUUUGACUUUUUUGAUU